AUGGUCGUUGUAAUAAAGGUAAUAAUUGCAUCUAACCAUUAUUUAGUAGGAUUGUAUCCCCGAGUAUUCUUCAACCACCGGAUAAACAAUAAUCCACUUCAUCCAUCAUUAACAAUCUAUCAAGAAACCGUAAUCCGCACUUUGAAAUGGGCAUUUAAUUCACCAUUAACUUCUAUCCGAAAAAAUGUAUCACUUUUCGAGUCAUUUAUGAAAAAAUUUAAAUGCACUGAACCAAUAGAAUCAUUAAUUGACGAUAUCGAUACCGAUUUAAACGGAUAUUGGUUAGGUGCUGAGACUUGGCAAGGUCAACCUCCAGAAGCUAUUUUGUUAUACGUUCAUGGAGGACCAUACAUAUCAGUAACAUCACUAUUAGGUGUUCAAUCUUUAUGUUUUUUAUUACAAACUUUAAGAACAAAAUAUAAUAAACAUAUUAGAGUGUUAACUAUCGACUAUGAACUAGCAUCCGAUGAGCCGUUCCCCGUUGGAUUAAAUUAUUUGGAACGUGUUUAUCGAUGGUUGGUUUCUAGUGGUAGACCCGGUAGCAAAAAAGUCUUUUUAUGUGGGGACUCGAUAGGCGCGGUAAUGGUUUUAGGACUUUUACAGCAUAUAUAUACAAAUAAUAACAUUUCUGCCGAUUCAAUUAACCCUAUGGGCGCAAUACUAAUUUCUCCUUGGGUAGAUCUAUCAUGUGACUCUUUUUCAUAUUUCACAAAUGAAAAAUAUGAUUAUCUAUCCAACUGUUUGUUGCGAUUCGCUUCAGAGUAUUAUGUAUUUGGUCAAAAAGGUGAUCCAAUUCUUAAUAAACGUCGGUCCAGAAAUGUUAACGCCAACAUGUCCCAAGAUAAUAAUAUUUUCUCUUGGUUAGAAGAU